GUGACAUUCUCAAACGAAGAUGGUACAUUCCAAUUGGACGGUUGCGGUGAUGAUUUUGACUGGUUGCCUGGAAUAGCGAACGAUCCUGAGCCGUUCAUCCAGAUUUUGCAUUACUGUAAUAGAGAUGACGGUGACGUGAUAACGCUGCCUCGAUUCAAGGUGUUCGUACCGAAAACCUAUGAAUUAGGUACCAUUGUGCUGGAUCAACCGUCUGUUUUUGUAAAUGCUUCGAGAAAUAACACUGAAAAAUUCUGA